AUGAGCACCUCAAGGGCAGCCAACCCGUUACAACAGAUGCACGAUGACGACGACCGACUCGCCCCUCCUUCCUCAGCUCAAAGCAAUAUCGCCUCGAAACGCGCAGCCAAGCUCCACCCGCUAGCAUUAUCCACCGCUGCAGCCCCAGUAAGACGCACCUUCUUUGCUCCUUGGAACAGUAGCUCGACUGGGCACCAAAGGGCCGAGAAUCGACUUUCAGGGUCGACGUCCUGGCGCGCUUCACGUAGUCUGAAGCUGGGCGAGCAAUACAAGGGCGGCUUGGCUGGUGGGAAGAGGAUUGCAGAUGCAGUCGGAGCCGGUAGCGAAGAUUUUGGCAAAGACGGAAGGAAGGCAAACGGCUGCUGGGAGAAGGGUGCGCAGGGUCUCCGGACAGAUGGACAGCAGAGCUUAGCAGACAUCUGGAGCUCCAGCAAGGCUGGCAAGAAGUCUGUCUCUGAGAAGAAGAUCCUGCUGGCAGAGUCCAGGCUGGAUUUAGAUCAAGAUACACUCGACGCAACAUUGGAACCCCAGGAAACCCCCAUAUUCGAAGGCUUGUGCUUUUACGUGAACGGCUCAACAGCUCCGCUAGUCUCAGACCACAGGCUGAAGCACCUCCUAGCAGCACACGGAGCCCGACAUUCGAUUGCACUAGGUCGAAGGACUGUCACACACGUUAUACUGGGUACAGCCAACGCAAAUGGGGGCGCAGGUGGUGGUCUAGCUGCCACCAAAAUACAGAAAGAGAUCGCCAGGACUGGCGGGAAGGCUGUCAAGUACGUCACAGUGAACUGGGUCCUCGAGUCCAUCAAGACCGGCCGUCGCCUCCCCGAAUCACGUUUUGCGCCACUCAAGCUUGCGCAUCAAAACCAGGGCAGUGUUCUAGGCAUGAUGAACCGCAGCAACGCUACCAGGAUAACGCACGGAUGA